AUGCCUACAACAGCAGUGGCAUCGUCCGACCUGUUUCCAGACCCAGAUCAUUUAGACCCGACUCACUCCAGGCAUGACGCACGCGAGACAUACACAGCCUGGCGUCCGCCCACCACCACCAAUAUACACUACUCCGACGAUAACACCAGCAGCGGCACCACGAGCACCGCCGAAACCCGUAUAAUCGACCCGUCCUCCUUACUCCCCGGUGGAAAGAUGUCACUUUCAGGAAUAUCCAAUCGAGCAUUCAUUCUCGGCGUCGUUCUAGGCGUGACCUCCGUUAUCACGAUCCUGCUAGCCUUGCAGCCGACUCCGACUCCAUUAUGGCGCGUACCCUUUUUCAUCUCCUCGCUGUGCUUCUUUCAUUACCUCGAGUUUUGGGUUACCGCAGAAUACAACACUCGGUAUGCCGACGUCUCGUCGUUUCUACUCUCUGCGAACGGCGCGGCGUAUAACAUUGCCCAUGGAUCUGCGAUUGUCGAGUGUCUGGUUUCGCACUGGCUGGCGCCAAACGGCUACAUUUUCAACCCCGAUUCUGUUAUUUCGGUUUCUGUCACAAUUGUAGGGCUCGUCUUGAUGAUUAUUGGGCAGAUCGUGCGGACAUCGGCUAUGGCCACCGCGGGAAGUAACUUUAACCAUGUCGUGCAAGUUGAGCACAGGCAGGGCCACGUCCUAGUGACAAGCGGGAUAUACAGACUUCUGAGGCAUCCAAGCUAUUUUGGGUUCUUCUGGUGGGGUCUAGGCACUCAGAUGGUACUGAAGAAUGUCAUCUGCUUCAUCGGCUACGCCCUUGUGUUAUGGCGCUUUUUCUAUUCGAGAAUACAACGCGAAGAGAGGUUUCUGGUGUCCUUUUUCGGGGAUAAUUAUGUGGCCUACAAAAGAAGAACUCUUGUGGGCAUCCCGUUUGUUGCCUAA